AAAGAAACAGCGUGGCAAUAGAUUUCCUGGUCAAGCAUAACAUCAGACCAGCUUUAGGCAUACACUGAACGAACCCUCAUAUAUUUAUCAUAAGUUGUUGAAGGUUCUGCAUUAAUCGAAGAGCAUCGAGUUUCAGUCCUGCCACCCCUGCUCUUGGACUCUCCCACUCCAGAUCUGAGAAGCCGGUAGUCGAGAGUGAUCCCAACGGAUACCGUGUUCUAGCUUUGUCAACACUACAGUCAGUCCUCCAGUGUCGCUGUGCUUUCAUCAACUUCAUAAUUUACAUAUCAAUAGUUUGAUAAAGUAAACAGAGUAAAUAUGUUCAGCAGCGGCACACGCACGGUGCGAACAUUUUUCUCAGAUGGAUCGGGACCCCCGAAGAUGGACACGAAAACGUACUCGUUCGGAGGAGAUGGUGGUCCAAGCGUUGGCAUGGGAGGUGGAGAGUUCAACAUUGGCUUUGGAAGUUCCUUUGGGGACCGGGGGAUGCGUUUUAGCCAAGGGGGUGAUGCUGGGGGUGGUGGCAGCUCAUCGGGAGGAUUUUCCAUCCCCGGGGGAUACCGCUUCUCGGGCUUUACCCAGGGUGGGGGAGGGCAGGGGGGUCACGGCCGUCACUGCAGCCGAGAGCCAGAUAUCGGUGGAAGGGCUACUAGAAAAGAAAAGAAGAACCCCUUUGCGGGUGUUGUCAACCAAAAAUACGCUGAUAUAAAGGCAAAGUGUUUGCAAGAAGGAAUACUGUUCGAGGACCCCGAGUUUCCGACAGUCGAUUCAUCAAUAUUCUUCAGCCGUGCACCCCCAAGGCCAUUUGAGUGGAAAAGACCGACGGAAAUUUGUGAUGACCCCCAGUGGAUCUCAGAGGGAGCCAGCAGGUUUGAUGUGCAGCAGGGUGAACUCGGAGAUUGCUGGCUGUUGGCUGCAGUUGCCUCCCUUACAUGUAACAACAAGCUGUUGGCAAGAGUUGUUCCCCCUGAACAGAACUUCACAGAUGAAUACUGUGGGUUGUUCAAGUUCAACAUCUGGCACCAGGGAGACUGGGUGGAGGUCAUUGUUGAUGACAGGCUUCCUACAUACCACAACCAGCUAGUAUUCAUGCACUCUGUGGAGAGGAAUGAAUUCUGGAGCGCAUUGCUGGAAAAGGCUUAUGCCAAACUGUGUGGAUCCUAUGAAUCCCUUAAGGGCGGCAGCACCAGUGAAGCUAUGGAGGACUUUACAGGAGGUGUGACAGAGAUGUUCGAUCUCCCUAAAGCCCCCCCAAAUCUGCUCCGGAUCAUGUUGAAGGCAUUUGACAGAUCAGCUCUCAUGGGAUGCUCCAUAGAUCCUGAUGGUCAAGCCUUGGAGGCGGAGCUGACCAAUGGUCUGGUGGUAGGCCACGCCUACAGUGUCACUGCAGUGAAACUGAUGGAUAUAGUGCUCCCACGAAGGAUCGAUGUUCAGACGUCCCGGGUGUCGGGGCAGAUCCCCAUGGUGAGGAUCAGAAACCCCUGGGGUAAUGAGGCCGAGUGGAAUGGGGCGUGGAGUGACCAGUCCCAAGAAUGGUCCCUCAUUUCACCCGAGGAGAAGGAGGAGAUGGGUCUGACCUUCGAUGAUGAUGGAGAGUUCUGGAUGGCCUUCUCAGACUUCAAGGAAAACUUCACCAAGCUGGAGAUCUGUAACCUUGGGCCGGACUCCUUGGAUGAGGCUGACCUGGGCAACAAGAAGAAGUGGGAGGUCAAUAUUCAGCAUGCUGACUGGAAGAGAAGGGUCAACGCUGGUGGCUGCCGCAACUACCUUGAUUCCUUCUGGACAAAUCCCCAGUUCCGAGUGACCUUGACCGACCCUGAUGAUGACGACGAUGAUGAGAUGUGCACCAUGAUCACAGCACUGCUGCAGAAGGACCGCAGGAAGAAGAGGAAGGAAGGCCUUGACCUUCUCACUAUUGGUUAUGUUAUCUACAAGAUAGAAAGUCCAGACAGUGGACCCCUUGAUGUCAACUUCUUCAAGUAUAAUGCCUCAGUGGCUAAGUCCCCAACAUUCAUCAACAUGCGUGAGAUAUGCGGGCGUCACAAGCUGCCUCCAGGCACCUAUGCCAUCAUCCCCUCCACCUUUGAACCCGGAGAGGAGGGAUCCUUCCUGCUCCGAAUCUUCACAGAGAAGGCCAAUGAAACUGGUUUCCCCCAUUGCGAGCUGGAUGAGAGGACUUCAUAUGUGGAGGAAGAGCGUCGCCAUCGACCUCAACCUAGACCUACUCGACCAACAACGGUGCGCGGUUACCAAACUGGGAUAACUUCCGAUGAAGUUGUACAAACUCAGGCAAUUCCAGUAUCGGCCGCGCGGAGACAGGAGGCGCCACCACCGACGGAGGAAGAGCAGCAGCAGGGAGACAACUUGAAAGAAAGUUUCCGAAAUAUCGCCGGGGAGGACAUGGAGAUUGAUGCAUAUGAACUCAGGGACAUUCUCAACUCCGUCUUCACAAAAGACGACUUUCUUGAGUUCUCCUUCGAGGGCUUCACCAUUGACUGCACUAGGAGCAUGGUAGCCAUGCACGAUGGUGAUCUGUCCGGCAAGCUGGGCUAUGAUGAGUUCAAGGCCUUGUGGCUUGACCUGAGGAGAUGGAAGGGAGUUUUCAAGGAAUACGACCAUGACGGAAGCGGACAUCUGAGCUCCUAUGAAAUAAGAGCAGCAUUAAAAUCUGUUGGUUUCCGACUGAGCAACCUGACGUCCAGAUCUGUUGUGAUGAGAUACAGCAACAAGGAGGGACAGAUCGAGUUCGGGGACUUUAUUAUGUGUGCAAUCAGGCUCAAGACUAUGCUGUCUUCUUUCAAGGCAGUGGAUCCCGAGGGUCAGGGUCUUGGAGCCUUUGAUGUUGAUACUUUCAUACAAACCACGAUGUACUCCUAAAACAGUUGUCAUGACAAUGGGGUCAGCCAUAUUGCUGCCAGUCACUUCUGCCAUCUUUGAUGUCCUAUAUUCUACCUACUGUCAUAUCAGUCAAUGUUAUUUCAUACCACGAAUCUCUUGAUGUUGAUGAAACUACGCCCUUGGUUGUGUGUAGUUCAUUCCUGUUUAUUGAUGUGUUUGUAAACAGUUUCAAUAACCAUUCUUCCAUAUUGAUAUAAAACUUCAAACUUGCAAUAAUGUUUAUGUUCUCGCCUUUGGAAAUGGAUUUUGUAGGACUUAUUCCACUUUUCCAUUAUUGUUAUUUCUACUUUGAAACUGUUGAUAAAAUGUCUUUCAUAAUAAAACAUGUCCCACUGACUCAGGACGUAAAUAAAACCACAUGCUAUGCAUUUGAAUCAUUCUUAGAUUUGUGAAUAAGGUAUCUCUAUCAGUCCAGAGUACUGAUGUAUGCUCAAUGCAAGAUCUGGCAGUAUUAUGUCAUAUCAAUGAAAAAUGUUUGAACUUGAAAAAAACAGUAUGAAACAUCCUUACCUCUGUUAUGGCAAAAAAUUCGUCCAUGCGAAUACUGCAUAAUGGUAGCAAACUUAAAAUCUUCUUCAAGGCCUGUUAAAAAAUAUUUCUUGUUUGUUAGUACCAACCUACUUUUAAGACUUUUAAGACUUUUAAGAAAAUAUUCUUUUAACUCAAAUUUCGAUUCUUCCAUAUUCUGUAUUUUGCACACACCAUGCAAUUUGUAGUGGUCAGAUUUGCUGGGGAGCCUAGCAGUGGUCACCAUGGCCAAAUGAAGAUAUGUGGUAGAUUACAAUCAAAUUUCCUUUUGUACAUUCGUAGACUUCUAAAUAAAUAAGAUCCUCCCUCAGUGUUGAAAAAAAUCAUUAAAAACAAGAAUAUAUUUUUUAACUGGCCUAAUUCAAUUUUACCUUCCUCUUUCAAUGAAAACACUGAUUCUUGGUCUUUGGAUCAUGCUAGGCCUAGACUCUUGCCUUGACUAAAUGACAGUUUAUGAUUGUUAUGCCUUGAAUAAAUGCUUCUUCCAUGGCUGUACCACUGCAUGUCUGAAUUAUGUUGAAAUGUGACGAGACUGCAUGAAAGAUUUGUAAAAUGACUGCAUUAAAAGUAUUGGAAACUGGGGGAAAUGUAACAAGCCCCAGACCAUUAUUUUAUAUCAAAGAUGGAAAUAUGGCUGAGUAACCAGUCUUGUUGAUUUGGAUUUCCAUUUCCAACACUGGCAUUAUUUAACAGAAUUAUUACCUAUAUCUUAUCUACAUAUCUUCUCUUGUCAAUCAUAGUAGAGUUUUGCUUGUGAUUAUUUGGAGAAAAACUUAAAGUAAUGUUUGAAAGACUUAACUUAAGAUGGCAUACAGGAAUAUUAUUGAUAAGGUUGGACCAAUAUAUGUCUUUGUUAUCAGUUUUAGGCCAUAGAUGCAGGAAACAAGAAUAUACAAUGUGUUAAAAUGACAUAACAUUUAUGUCGUUAGUAAAUAGGUAUUCUAUAAACAAGAAUUUAUAUUGUUUUGCUUCAAAUUAGCUGUUAAAAUUAAUAUCAGUGCACAAUUUGUAAAAUGCUGGAGAUUAAAUGGGUAAAAAAGAAUAAAACAAAUAUUAUUUUUUUUGACAUUUCAAGUUUCAGGUUGGCUUGUUUAUAAACAAAGAAGAAAUUGGUCGAACCUAAGAAGUGGCAGAUACUCACAGAUCAGUGAAUAAUGUUUGUUAGGUUCAGUAUUUCCUGCUUGAUGUAUAUUGUGCCUUGAAGAAUCUGUUAGCACAUAGUAACACCGCCCAUCUUACACAUACAAUGCGGGUAUUUGUGUUCUUAAAGUUUUGUUCGCUGAACGUCCUGUGUUUCAUUCCUAGGAAGGAACAUCACAUUAUCUGUUUGUAAAUGUUCAUGACGAUAUACAUGUACUUUUCAUCAUAUUUAUUAUAUCUUUCUGAUCAGAUACUCUACGUAGUUGUUAUUAUUGCUGUGUUAUUGGCCCUCCUACUAUUGGUUACCAAACCAGAAACGAUUCUACUUCGGCCCCGAAAACCUUUUCGCUUUAUAUCAACAUGGAUGAUCUUAUAACUAGUGGAGCAUUCUCAGAUAGCAAAUUUAUUUAUUUAGCUUUUUCAAGCCAUCAUUUUGGGGUAGAAACAAGUGUACGAAACAGAUUAAUUAACCCAAUUUUUAGAGGGCCUUUAAACACAGCAAAUGUUGUAGUAUUUAUCUUGCUAAGAGUUGCAGUAAUAUGUAUAUAAGAGUCUUAGUACUGCUUUGUUUCUGUUUGAUUGUUAUUUUCAUCUUGAACAAUAUUGUACAAUUCAGUGAGGGAAAAUACAUGAUUAUGAGAUAAACUGCUUCUAGCAAGAUGUCUACUACUGUUUUCUAGUUUGAACAGACUGACAAUAAAGUUGUUAGGAUAUGACACAAAUAAACACUGUUUGUUAUUAACAGACUGACCUGGAUUGUUAUUGAUGCUAAUCAUUACAUGUAUAAUGUAGUUUUAGUGAGAGGCAAGAAGAUAAUAUUCUAAGUGAUUUAUUUACUCAAAUGGUGCAUGUGGCAAUGUUGGCUUAGAGAUUUAUUUAUGGAUAUUAUGUUCUAAUAUGAACCUUAAUGUACAUUUUUAUCUUGUAGUUUGCUUUACGUUUAAACAUUGGCAGACUCGAUGUUCUGCAAGACAAGUUCGCUGCAGUCUUUGUUGAAUGUUAAUGCAGUUAAUUAAAAUUGUGUAGCUCACCUG